UCGGCGGUGCGUCACGUGACAUCAGCAGCAGCAGCAGCAAGAGCUGCAAACACACGGAGCUGCUGGCUGGGGUCUGAUCAUCAUCAUCAUCAUCAUCAUCACCACCGCCGCCGCAACGACGGUCUCGAGGCGUACCGACCGAGUCACGCGGGGUCUUCGCGGUUCUUCCACGGGUGCUGAGCUACGCGGGGCCAUGGCGGGCCGCCGUUGAACCGGAGAUACCGAUUUAUUUUCUCUUUGUUCGCUUCGUUCGCCUCGCACGCGCCUCGGCCGAGGAGGGGCCGCCGGAAAAGCUCUCCCUGUCGCGCGGAGGAGGAGCGGCGUAGCGGUGGUAGCAGCAGCAGCACGAUAAACCGGGAGGUGUUUUCUUCCACGGGAGGACCGAAUGGCGGAUCGCGAGGCGUCGCCGGUGCCGCUGGAGGUGCGAGCCCGGCUGGCGGAGCUCGAGCUCGAGCUGUCAGAGGGGGACAUCACUCAGAAGGGUUAUGAGAAGAAGAGGUCCAAACUGAUCAGGGCGUUUGUUCCGCAUGCUGGAGGGAUGGAGGGCCCCAUGUCCCACCGGACCCCCCUCGGACCCCCCUCCGCUGCCCGUUUCCAUCGGCGACGGACGUCAGGGGCCAGAGAUGAGCGUUACCGAUCAGACGUCCACACGGAGGCGGUCCAGGCCGUGUUGGCACGCCACGUAGAGAGGAAAGUUGCCGUGCCGAUGCCAUCCAAACGCCGCUCGCUAGUAGUUCAGACGUCUAUGGAUGCCUACACACCCCCAGGACUGUCCCCCCUGUGCUCAGACUCCUCGUCGGGCUCCGAGGGGGAGGAGGAGGGGGAGGAGGAGGAGGAGGGGGGACCCGGGGACGACAUGCACGGGAUGGAGCACUGGCUGACGCGCCCCGCCCAGCUAGGCCCCGCCCACCUGGGCUCCACCUCCUCCUCCUCCUCGUCCACGCAGAGCGGGGGCAGCGGCAACGCCGGGCGGCUGGCCGACUCGCUGGCGCACGCCCACAUCUCCCACCCGCACCUGUCGCACCCGCACCUGUCGCACCCCCACCUGUCGCACCCCCACCUCUCCCACGCCCACCUGAGCCAGUCGCUGCACCAGCAGAGCCACCUGUCCCAGUCCCACCACGGUAUCGGCCACCUCUCUCUGAAGAGGAAGGGGGCUCUGAGCGUCGCGGAGAACGGGGGCUCCCUGAGACGCUCCUGUGAGUUCGGCUCCGACAUGCUGUGGCCCCCCCCUCUGGAGUCAGACGAGAAGCACUCCCGCCCUCCAGGUGUGACUCGUUACCCCUCUCACUCCUCUCACUCCCACACAGAGCGCCACCACAUGGCCAACAUGGGAACCAUCGCCCGCAACACUCAGAAGUACGGCAACGCUGAGCGCAUGGAGACCGGCGACGGUGUGCCGGUCAGCAGCCGUGUGUCGGCUAAGAUCCAGCAGCUGGUGAACACCCUGAAGCAGCCGCGCAGACCCCCGCUAAGGGAGUUCUUUGUGGACGACUUCGAUGAACUCCUAGAAGUCCAGCAGCCCGACCCCAAGAUGCCCCGCCCCGAGGGCGCGGAGAUGAUGCCGGUGCGGGGCGAGGCGCUGGGCGUGGUCACCAACUGGCCCCCCUCCCUGGAGGCGGCCCUCCAGCGCUGGGGGACCAUCUCCCCCAAGGCCCCCUGCCUCACCAGCCUGGACACGGCCGGGAAGCCCCUCUACGUGCUCACCUAUGGGAAGCUGUGGUCCCGCAGCAUUAAGCUGGCUUACAACAUCCUGCACAAACUGGGCAGCAAGCAGGAGCCGAUGGUCCGGCCCGGCGACAGAGUGGCGCUGGUGUUCCCCAACAACGACCCGGUUGCCUUCAUGGUGGCCUUCUACGGGUGUCUCCUGGCCGAGGUGGUCCCUGUGCCCAUCGAGGUGCCCCUCACCCGCAAGGAUGCGGGCAGCCAGCAGAUCGGCUUCCUAUUGGGCAGCUGUGGCGUUACCGUGGCGCUGACCAGCGAUGCGUGUCACAAGGGGCUGCCCUAAGAGUGCCACGGGGGAGAUCCCGCAGUUCAAAGGUUGGCCCAAGUUGCUGUGGUUCGUCACAGAGUCCAAGCACCUGUCCGACCCCCCAGGGACUGGUUCCCCCACAUCAAGGACGCCAACAACGACACGGCGUACAUAGAGGUAACGGCCAAAGGUUGUGGGUUCAAUCCCCUGCCAGGCCAAGGUGUGACACCUCUUCUGUUGCUGCUUUCCAAAAUAAAGGUUUCUUCUAAAGCACUAUUUUUUGAAAAUAGGGAUUUAGAAAAAACAGAAGACAGUCAGUUGUUGGCUGUUUAUUAGGAAUAUAUCGUACACACAUUUAUAUUUGAUACAUUUUUAUAUUUAAAAUACAAAUGUUGAAUACAUUUUUAUUGCAUCCCAUUAUUU